CAGUUCGGCGUUGUGACCGUCGUAGAGUCGGAGGCUAGCUGUAAACAGCGGGUAUUUGACAAAAGGAUUCUUCUAAAUAUAGUACUUUCUAUGUAUAUCUAGUGGUUUAGUAAUAGUUUAUUAAGAUGGCUGAAAAAUUUGAUAACCUGGAGGAGCACCUGGAGAAGUUUAUCGAGAACAUUCGACAGUUGGGAAUCAUCGUUAGCGACUUCCAGCCUAGCAGCCAAGCAGGACUCAACCAAAAACUAAAUUUCAUGAUAUCUGGACUGCAAGACAUCGAGAAAUGCCGUCAACAGCUUCAUGAGAUCAACGUACCGCUGGAGGUCUUUGAAUACAUUGACCAAGGUCGAAACCCUCAGCUGUACACCAAGGAAUGUCUGGAGAGAGCCUUGGCGAGGAACGAGCAGGUCAAAGGGAAGAUUGACACCAUGACGAAAUUUAAGAGCCUUCUGAUCUCCGAGCUCAGCAAAGUCUUUCCAGAGGAGAUGUCCAAGUAUAAGGCUAUACAUGGUGAAGAUGCCCCCUCCUAGUGACUGCUGCGCCAUGACCCCAGACCUUCAGCCUGUGACCCCUGAAGUGAAAGCCUGAAUGGAGUGUGACCAAGCAGGAUCCUCUGUGGUUGCCAGCAGAAUAAGAUAAUAACCCAUUAUUAGUUCUUUGCAUAUACUAUGAUACUGUUGCUGACCAGUGCCCUGAGGGAGAAGGUGUUAUUUCUGCUCAGCACUCUGACUCAGCCAAUCCUCCUUCUCCACGUUUAAACUUAAUUUAAAGAAAUACAAAUCAGUAUAUGGGAGAAGUAGAGAGAAGAAACAAAAAGUGUUCUGCGUUGUGUUGUUAUAGUGCCAAGAGACACAUUUGUUUCUAAUGUCCCUGCUGAUGCAUCGGCACUGAGUUAGCAACAGAAGCAAUUUCUACAACUCCCAACUGUACAGAAGAAAAUGUUCAAGAGCUGCAAGGCACCUGUCGGAUUUUGCAUUAAGGAGUUUACUCCAUCAGUUGUACAUACAGUAUAUUUAUACUCUCACUCUCUACCUUUUGUAAUGCUUCCUAAUCAUUGUUCAACAUACAUUUGUACCACACAGUUCAUGACAUUUUGUAUCAAGCUCAGGUUUCUAAAGGCCACGGUUAUCGAAUGCAAAUGUUAUUUGGUGGUAAUUCUGUGCCUGAUCACUUGACAUGGUCAGAAAUGAGUCCACUCUUUAUUUGUAACUUGUUUGUAUUAUAAUUUUUUUGUUAUUAAAUGAUCCGUGUUGGACUGAU